AUGCUGGACGUUGAUGUGCAACACCCAAUCCUAGACAAGGUCACUGGAUGCCACAGCAACCCAGAUGCCCCAAGCAUAGGAUGGAACUGCGGGGCUCCAGUGAUCGCAGCAUGCCACAAGACCUCAUGCCGAUCAUGCACAGAUGCAAGAGCCACACAGUGGGAAGUGGGGAUUCGCCAGGGGAACUUAUGGACCAUCGCCAGCACAAGGCUGAGUUACUCACCUGAUGGAUGCAAUAAAAGAGCACUGUCGACUCCAAAUGGGGUGGUAUCAAAGCAGAGAAAGAUGGGGAAUGUUGUGGGCGAUGGCAGAUGGAUGGAGGUUGAUGAGAAUAAAAGGUAA